CCUAACUUCCGUUUCCGGGUGGUGGUGAGGGCAGCUUCCGGCGGCGGCGUGAUUACGUGACCAGUUCGCGCGCGAGGCCGGCGGGGAAGCAUCUGCGCCGGCGGCCGGGACUGUUUUAGUGAUCUCGGGAGCAUUGCCAACAUGUCUGACAUUGAAGAAGCCACUAACCAACUCGCAGAUGUGAACCUUCAUGAGAACCAGAGAUCUGUACAAGUGACAGAAAGUGACCUCAGAAGUGAGUCUGAGCUUCUAGUCACUAUUGGAGCCACUGUACCUACUGGCUUUGAGCAAACAGCAGCAGAUGAAGUGAGAGAGAAAUUGGGGUCAUCAUGCAAAAUCAGCAGAGACCGUGGCAAGAUAUAUUUUGUCAUUUCAGUGGAAAGUCUGGCUCAGGUUCAUUGUUUGAGAUCAGUUGAUAACUUAUUUGUGGUUGUUCAGGAAUUUCAAGAUUAUCAGUUCAAAAAAACGAAGGAAGACAUUCUAAAGGAUUUUGAAGAAUUGGCUGGAAAACUUCCAUGGUCAGACCCUUUAAAAGUAUGGAAAAUUAACACCAGUUUUAAGAAAAAAAAAACAAAGCGCAAAAAGAUAAAUCAGAAUUCAAGUAAAGGGAAGAUUAAUAAUGGGAAAGACAACAACAAAAUAGAUGAGACAGGUAUUAAAGAGUUCCACGACAGUGCUUUAGAUUCACAUAUCUUAGAUUACUAUGAAAAUCCAGCCAUCAAAGAGGAGAUAUCAACGUUAGUGGGUGAUGAUUUGGCAUCUUGUAAAGAUGAGACUGACGAAAGCACAAGACAAGAAACUGAACCUCAAGUGCUGAAGUUCAGAGUCACAUGCAACAGGGCAGGGGACAAACACUGCUUUACCUCCAACGAGGCAGCAAGGGAUUUUGGAGGUGCCGUUCAAGAUUAUUUUAAGUGGAAGGCUGACAUGACCAACUUCGAUGUGGAGGUUCUUUUGAAUAUCCACGAUAAUGAAGUCAUCGUGGGCAUUGCGUUGACUGAAGAGAGUCUCCACCGAAGAAACAUCACACAUUUUGGACCCACAACUCUUAGAUCAACUCUUGCCUAUGGGAUGCUCAGGCUCUGCGAUCCUCUGCCUUACGAUAUCAUAGUCGACCCAAUGUGUGGAACAGGGGCAAUACCAAUAGAGGGGGCUACUGAAUGGUCUGACUGUUUCCAUAUUGCUGGUGAUAAUAAUCCACUGGCUGUAAACAGAGCAGCAAAUAACAUCUCAUCUUUAUUGACCAAGAGCCAAAUUAAAGAAGGCAAGCCGUCCUGGGGUUUGCCCAUAGACGCUGUUCAGUGGGACAUCUGCAAUCUGCCACUAAGAACCGGCUCGGUGGACAUUAUCGUAACAGAUUUGCCAUUUGGAAAAAGGAUGGGCUCCAAGAAGAGAAACUGGAACCUUUAUCCAGCUUGCCUGCGGGAGAUGGGCCGCGUGUGCACGCCUGGGACGGGCCGAGCCGUGCUGCUGACUCAGGACACCAAGUGCUUUACCAAGGCGUUGUCGGGCAUGCGCCACGUGUGGCGAAAGGUGGACACCGUGUGGGUGAACAUCGGGGGCCUUCGUGCUGCAGUUUACGUUCUGGGACGCACGCCUCCCUUCCACCCUUCAGAACACCAUGGGGAAAGAGGAACUCCUUAGUAACGCAAAGCACGAAGACGCCUGAUGGUGUCCGUACUGCCUAGCACUAGGAAUGCCAGCACAAAGAACUUGCUUUUUGAGAAAAAUAGUAUUAACGAAAGUGCAGUCUACUCCUUAAAACCAGUCCAAAUCUCUUCAUGCUAGUUAGCAAAAGGUGUGAUGGAAUUGAAAAAGUCUUAGGAGAAAGCAAAGCUUUUCCUUGAAGCUGUUUCAAAGGGGUAGUGGGUAAUUAGUAUUUUGCUUAAAACACUUUAAAGAUGCAUAGUGAAAAGCCUGCUGAAAUGCUUUGGCAUUUGGGUUUAGAACAUUUUAUCCUCAGGCUUUAUAGCCUGUUUUCAGCUGUGGCAAGUGCAGAGCUACCCUGGCCUAAAGGAAAGGCAGAAAACAUAAUUACAUCUCAGGCCACAUUUCAUUGCUGAUCAGCUUUGCUAUUCACUUGCUCAGGUUCUUUACCUCAACCGCAAAAAAUGAAGUGUAUUUACAUUUUGUGAACAGGAUUUGCCUCACGACAACAUGAAGUUUCACAAGACAUAUAGGAAAGUUUGCCAUCUGCCUUAAGAAUUAAAAUAUACGUUAUUCAGAUUAAUAUAUACAAUUUAAAUAGAAUACCAGGAUUUAUCAGAGAUUACAGAGAUACUUCAUUGUUAGUUUUAUAAAACAUUUCUGUUUGUAAAUAGCAUAUAUAGUGGUAGAUAUGGUAUGGGACCAACAAGCCAAAUUAAAAAUUUGUUUUCCUUUCAGUA